AUGAUACCCUACCCUCUGCAGGAUGCUGAUGAGCCGUUUCUGCGCGAUGACAGGGGAGCGGCUCGUCAACGACGCAAUUGCGAAAAACAAGUGCUUGAGCGUCGCAAGAUUGUGCGAAACUCAAAACAGAGUGACGUAAAGGUUAGCAGAAAGCGAUGGUUCUUUCGGGCCACAGACGAAAAAAGACCUACGGCUACAGAGCGAAGUUUGAAGCCUGACAUGCGACCUUCUACACCCGUAAUUCAAGACAACCUGACACUCAUCGACACGGGUGACAAGAUAGUCACGAUAGGGUCUAGGAAAACCGACAUCACCGUUGCCUCAAGAAGAAAUAAUCGGCUUGUACCUUUCAUCCCAAAUACAAAACACGAACCACGCCAUUUGGCUCAAACGAUGGGUUUUGAACCGCUGGGGGGGUCCUUGGCUCAUCAGAGUCUCCGAGAAGGGUCUCUGGCCGUUGACGAUACGUGGGGCCGUCUGCUGUCGAUUUUCGUCCUCGCCCUUGUUGUCGUGGUUUUUAAUGCAAUGACAGGGAAACUCAUAGAUUUUAUCAAGCAGAAUACGGGACUAAAGUGA